AUGAAGCACAUUGUCGCAUUCACCCUCAAUGCUGCUCUCGUACUGGGCGUCGUUGUCAUGCAACGGCGUGACGAGCCAGGGCAGGAGCACCCUCUCAUCGACAGCUUUCGCCAUUCCUCAAACACUGCACCAAAAGACGGUCUCGUUCGCCAGUGCAUCGCACCGGGCGUGGUCUGCGUCGACAAACACGCGGCCAACCUUCCUUAUCCCUUCUGGCGGGAUUCUCCAAACGGCACCUACACCACGAACCUGGCGGAUAUCGAGUUCAACGACGGCAGAGGCGAAACCAAGUCGACCUCCUGGGAGCAUGUAGACCAAGCCGACUUUGUGGUUUUCGACGAGGAGCGGGGCCGAAAACUCCUCGGCAAGAACCCCAGCGUGGACUUUGUGUUCCCUUUCAAUCCGGGGGCGCUGCAUGAAGCCCCGACGUUCGUGCCGGGUCUGAACAAGAUCUUCUUCUCGGAGCUGUCACCCAUGCUGGAGCAGUUCGUUAUCGAUUUGAACGUCAACCCCCCCACCCUGUCCGAAUUCAGGGCCGAUCCACCCAUCUACGUGCCCAACGGCGGGUUCUACCACGACGGCCUGAUCUACUACUCUGUGGCCGGCAGCAGCCACGAACACAAGCAGCGGCCGGGCAUCGUCGCCCUCGAUCCCCGAACGAACAAGUCCUCCACGCUGCUGAACAACUACUACGGUCUGACCUUCACCGACUGCGACGAUCUCAUUGUCGACCCCGUCACUGGCUACGUCUGGUUCACCGUGCCCUACUACUCGUGGUGGCUGGAGGUUGCCGAUAUCCCGCCGCAGCUCAAAUCGGCCACUUAUCGCUUCGAUCCCGCCACCGGGUCCACGGUCGUCGUCAAUGACGAGAUGCGCUCGCCCAACGGCAUCGCCAUGAGUCCCGACCGGAGGCACGUCUACAUCUCCGACACCGAGGCCGCGGGUCUAUCGGCGCCGAUCUCCAUCGAUCUGCCCAGCCCCGGCGUGGCCGGUCUACUAUACAACGCCACCGGCAAGCGGACCAUCUACAAGUUCGAUCUCAUCGACCAUGGACACGCCAUUGCCAACAAGCGUCCCAUUCACUACGACGCGAUCGGUACGGUACCGGACGGACUCAAGGUGGCCCGGAAUGGAUGGGUGGUGACGGCGAGCGGGAAUGGGCUGAGUGUGAUGGACGAGUAUGGGGAUAUGAUCGCGCGCGUGCAGACCAAUUUCACCGUCAAUAACUUCGUCUGGUCGGAUGCGGACGACUAUCGUGAGGUAUGGAUGGUAGGGCAGGGUGGCGUCGGUCGCGUCCGAUGGGAUCUCCAGGGUCAAAAAGCUGUUUGA